AAUUUCCUGAUGCUGAUGAUGAUGUCACAGGAGGAGGAAAAAACCCUCCAAGAAUAGAAAUGGCAUAUACUUUUAAUGCAACUUACUCAUAGCUUGCUGGUGUUUAGACUCGACCUUCGGAGUUGCCCAAUGUCCUGGCUUCCGCUCAGGCACAAUGAAGGAGUGGCUCAAGAAGGAGCUGUAAGCAAACAGAGCUGGAUUCCUUUAUUUCCCUGUUCGGAUGUGAUGCAGGAAGACGGGGGAGAGAACAACUCCGCAACGGUGGCUUCUGAACAUUCUGCUGGCUACGAGCCCUUUCCCAAGCUUCCUCUUGGUUUAUCCUGCAGGAAUCCCAGGAGCCGCACUCACAGAUACCUUGCUUACAAAACCCCGUGUGCUUGCAUCAACUACCAAGCCCUCCUUCCUCUGCCAAGCAGUGGAGUAAGACUGUCUCGCUGAUGCAGGCCUGGCCACUAAACCCUUGCUUAGGGGCAAGGGGAAGUCCUCUGGAAUUCUCAUAGACCUCAUUGUGUGUGUGGCUUGUGUGCAUUACUGGAUUAGAGCAAAUGGGAUACAAAGGAACAAAGAACAGGAUGCAUCGCUAUCGGAGGCGGCCAAAGAAGGAUGUGCCAUUGAUGGAGUCUGAAAAAAUCAAAGGGGAAGGUCCUUUCCCCUCAGCAACCCACAAAUUCAAUGAAUCUCCUAAUCCUACACCAGCCAGAAGGCACCAUGAUGUCACAGAAUUUUUCACCAGGAGCAAUGUUUCUGAAGAGAGGGUGGCAGUGACAGCAGAGGGUAAAAAGAACUCUUUUUCUCAAGCCCUGCCUCUUCUCUUUGUCAUGGAAGAACAGAUAUGGGGCAGAUUCCCUAACCCUGUGGAAAGAGAGACAUCCAUGGGACUGGAAAGAGGCCCGAGAGAUCCAGAGGACUGGGGAGGAUUUUCCCAGCAAGAAAAUCUUCUCAAUAUACAAGAAGUCACUUUGGAGGAUAGCAAGGAGGCUCCUUUGGAUCCCCAUCAGAGAGAACUUGAAACUGCUCGUUCCUUAAGUGAUCAUGAAUCUUCCCUUCUCAGUACAGCAACUCUUGAACAGAUCUCAAGUAUUCCCAGUGAGGUCACGGUGGGAGAGAUAAAAGGUGAAACCGUUGUUCUUGGAUUUCCCCAAGCUCUGAACCCUCGUGAUGCAUUUUCUCAGACACUGUGUGAGGAAACACAUUUAACAGGCACUUUUUCAGCUAGUGAGGAAUCAGCCUAUGACUAUCCCCCAGUGAGUCAUGAUGUUUCAGAGCAUCACCAGAAUGCUGAGGCUUCCAAAGGCAGAUCAGAUGAAAAUCACUCAUCGGAACUAGAGUCUCAAUAUGAACUAGACAAGAGCCAUAGGCCAAAUAUGGAAGUCACAUCGGAGAUUGAUGAGAAGAUGUCCCCUAAGACCGAAGGAGCUGGUCAGAUGCACCCAGAUACCUCCAUAGUGAAUGAAGAGGGGAAAGUAAGAGAGUUAAAGGGACAAAGAGAGGGUGUGAAAUCUUCUGCACUUUUCCAGCCAAGUUUUGAAUUUCCUAAGGGUGGGGAAAUACAUUUCGAUGUGCAACAACCAAAGCCUAAUGAAAUUUUGUCUCUGCCAGACUCCAAUAGAGAAGACAAUAAUUCAGAUAUAGGAGAGGAAGUGGAAGAAUCGGGACAAAAUUCAUUUAUUUGCACUGUCCUCCAUCUUGAGGAGGAGGAUGGCAUAGGAGGAAGCAAGGCUCCUUCACUAAAGGAGACGGUUAAAACAAAGCAUGCUACUGAUUGUGAUGAAGCAGAAUCAUCUCAGGUAUCAAAAUCAUUGGAGUCAGGGCCUGCAAAAUUGGACCCACCAGAGUUGGUAGACACUGAACUAAACGAGGAAUGCUUAGAAUGGAAGGGAAUGGAGAAAAAGGUGGAAACAGAGCAGAAUAAUCUAGAAUUGAGAUACAAAGGUCAGGAACAACAAGACUGUUGUGUGCAGAUAAGGCAAGCAUCAAAGCAAAGGGUAGAGAGAGAUAUAACUGCCCCACUAGGUUUAAACGCACUGCAAAUGAACGUGGAUCUUCCUGAUUUAAACAAGAACUGUUCUUUGGUUGAGGCCGAAGCAUCUAAUUUCACUUUCAAGGAGCUUUCAUCUCCAAAUCACAGUCCAAAGUCAGUCUGGACACAGGACUCUGGUAAUCCACAAAUAACAAAGGCAAGAGCUAUGUCGAUAUCUGAAGGUAUCCCAGUGUUUGAGAGCCCAGGGACACAGGCUCCAACAUGCCAUGAUUCUAGACCACUGGAAUCCUCUGGCGUCUUUGACCAAGUUGGCCAUAAUAGCCAAGGCAGUGAGCAACCCCCUGAGGAAGAUGGAAGAGCUAUUGAAAGAGAGGACAGCAAAUAUGGUGGUGAAGAGACAAGUGUUGUGAGUCUUGAUGGCGAAGGAAGACCACCAUCCUGUAGAGAUUUAAUAGUAACUCCUGAUUCACAGAUUUAUCUGUAUGAUUCUCAGCCUGUGGAUCACCCUGUUGAUGGUGAAAUCCAUAUCACUGCCUCAUCACUGGGGACCUCAACAGAGACAGAUUCUCUGGAGGAAGGUGCUGGCAAGAGAGCCAGAGAUGGUACUGUUGUGCCAUGUAAAGAAUCUACACAAGAGCCAGAAAACCAGAAUCUGCCUAAGCCAUGCCAGCUGAACAGAAUGGAUUGUGGAGAAGUACUGAGCAGUGAUGUAGACGUCUGGACUUCCAGCAAAAAUGACGUAUCUGGUAAAGACUUAUAUGAAGUUGCUCAAGGUACUGCUUCUGAGAUCCUUCAAAGUAUACCAUCAGGGGAGGGUCUGUCCAACGCAGACAGACAGAGUGUAGAAUUCAGCCCAGAAUCAUUCCAGGCACAAGACACUACCAUAAGUUAUCUGGAAACCCCAAUGAGCAGCCUUGAGAUUCCAGAAAAGGAAGCAGGAGCAGAUGCACUUCGCAUGGAACAACAAACUUUAAUCAGUGAGUCACCAUGUUCAUUAGUUCUUGAAGAGGAUGGAACAGCAUGUGGCAACACGGAGACCCCUGAUGUGGCUCAGCCAACAAAGCCUUUGACCCCAACACCUGCCUCGGAUCAGGCCAUUCCUCCAGAGCCUGCUUCCAGCCACUUAAAUCAGUUCAUGCCAACUGAGUCUGCCCAGUUUUUAAGCCCUGCACCUAAUGCAGACACCCUUGCUCAGCCCCUCACUCCUGCUCUUGCACCUAGUCAGCCCAGUCAGCUCCUAGAACGACUGCCCUCUCCCAGUCAAGCUUGCCAGUUUUUAGCCCCAAAGUCCACUGCCAUUAAGGUGCCACAGUCUUCUGUCCCGACACCUGACAAUGAACUAUUUAAUCAGCCCCCAGCGACGGAAUGCAAUUCCAACCAACAUAUGCCACAUCCACUCCUUUCUGAUUCGGUGUUUCCUGCCGAUCACCCCAUUCAACUAGCAAACUCUAGCCAAACCAGGGAAUCUGUAGCUCCUGAGUUUAACUCCAACCCCACAGCCUUUGCUCUUAACAGGGACCUUCAGCUUCCACAUCCAGCUUCCAGCUCCAACAUGCCUCCAACUCCUGAUGGUGAUCAGUUUGCCCAACAACCAGUUGAAGCACCAGAGUCUACUCUACCUGUUAACUAUAUAGAUGGGGGUGGUUGUGUGUUUGUUGCCGACUGCAUCUCUCAGACCAUAUCCUAUGCUGCUGAAGCCGAAAAGCUUGCCCAGGCUCCAAACAUAGACAGCAGAGUUGAAGAACUCCCUGUUGUACAGUUGGCCAAUUCAGAAGGGGCAGGUACUUCACAAGGCCAGAAAGGCAGGAAUAUACACGAAGCAUCCAGUCUAUUGGAGAUACACCCAGAUGUCGGCAUUUCGGGAAACAGUGAGCCAGUGGAAGUCUCCUCCUGCAGCAUUCCUGAUACUAUGGAUAUAUGCGAUGGGAAGUCAUCAAAUAAAUACAGCCUCCAUCCCUCAGUAAGGAGUCAGAAAAUGUCUGAAGCUGCAGAGGCCAGAAGUCCAACGCAGCCUUCACUUAUAGCUUUCACCAACCCAAUACACUUUUUCCAGCGAGGUCCUCCAUCUCCACCAACUAUCAGACACCCAUGCAGAGAACAGCCUGCCUGUCAAGGGCCGCAGUGGUGGCAGCAGUCCCAGAGAGGAGAUGCUAAGAGAGAUGCAGAGGACACAGUCCCACCUGUGCUUCCCAGAAUGGAAGGCGGAGCCAGGCACCUACCCUUAGAGAAAUGUACUAGUUGUCCAAAUAAAAGUGUAGGCACAAAAGAACCAACAUCCAGUUCAAAGAAACAGGAAGUGCUAAGCAAACACCGGGCUAAAAGCAAAGACUGGCAUCGGCAGGGUUUGAGAAAGAUCUCAAUACCAACGGACAAUGAAUUAGAGUUUAUAGCAUCUCUUAUCUCGUCAAAGGAGGAAGCCCCUGCACACAAAGAAAAAUCAGACCAUUUCGACAGAGUGAAAUUUGGAGAGAAGAAACUACUAGAGACAGCAGAAACCAUCAAACGGCGGCGCUCCAAAUUAAUCAACUCGUCGAAGUUGCUCUACCAGGAAUACAGCGAUGUUGCGCUGAACAAAGCGAUUCAAAGUCAAAAGAGAGCAGAUUCGUUGACCGAAGAUUUGGAGUAUAAAUCCACAGACUCCCCAAGGUUACGAAGAAAAAACAUCUCCCCUCAGGACUCCUACCUGCAACGCCUGUCCGUCUCAUCCUCGACGUCCCUGUGGCAGGACAUCCCCAUGGUCCGAGAGAGCACUGUGCUGCUGAGCAUGACCCGCGAGGAGCAGAAGUUGCAGGAGGCCAAGUUUGAACUGAUUGUAUCAGAAGCCUCAUACCUGCGGAGCUUAAACGUGGCCGUGGACCACUUCCAGCACUGCCACGAACUCCAAGCUGUCUUAACAAAUCAAGAUAAACAGUGGCUUUUCUCCCGCCUUCAGGAUGUACGUGACGUUAGUGCCAAUUUCCUAUUUGACCUGGAGGAGAAGCUUGAGGAGAACAUGUUCACCUUCAAUGUGUGCGACGUGGCUCUGAGGCAUGCGCCAGAAUUCCGGAGGGUUUACCUGCCGUAUGUGACAAACCAGACAUACCAGGAGCAGACCUUUCGGCGACUACUGAAUGAUGUCCCUGCCUUCCAACAGGUUUUGGAGAGACUAGAAAGUGAUCCUGUUUGCCAGCGCCUGUCUCUCAAAUCCUUCCUCAUCCUCCCGUUCCAGCGCAUCACAAGACUUAAACUCCUUCUCCAGAACAUACUGAAGAGAACUCGGCCCGGUGCCGAUGAAGAGGUACAGGCCACUCAAGCAUAUGAUGCACUUGAGAAGCUCAUCAAAGAUUGCAAUGAAAAUGUCCAGCGUAUGAGGAGCACCGAGGAGCUAAUCUACUUGAGUAAAAAUAUGGAGUUUGAAUGCAAGAUUUUCCCACUCAUCUCACAGUCACGGCGGCUGGUAAAACGUGGGGAACUCACAGCGCUGGAGUACAACUUGAGCUUGAAGUGGAAACUGACCACCCGGCCAAUCUACCUGCACCUCUUUAAUGACUACCUGCUCCUAUCUCGGCCCAGAGAGAAUGGGCGCUUUAUCGUAUUUGAUUUUGCUGCUUCCUCGAAUGUGCGUGGAGAGAAGUGUGAAAUGAAACUGCACGGCUCAAGCAAAAAUCUCUUCCGCCUCUUCCUGCUGCAGAACAAUCAAGGGAAAAAAGUGGAGUUCCUCUUCCGUACAGAAACACAGAGUGAGAAGCUGAGGUGGAUUUCUGCUCUUAUGCCACAGCAAGCUGAACCUGACCUUUUGGAUGACCCUGCUCUCUUAGACAAACUUCAAGUUCAGUGUGUGAGGUCAUACAAAGCCCGAGAGAAUGAUGAGCUGGCCCUGGAGAAAGCAGAUAUAAUUAUGGUCCUGCAGCAAAGUAGCGAUGGGUGGUUUGAAGGAGUGAAACUCUCCGAUGGGGAAAGAGGCUGGUUCCCUUCCGAUCACGUGGAAAUAAUCUCCAGCAAGCAAGCGCGCCAGAUGAAUCUGAAGGAGGAACAGCGUGUCAAGUAUGCAAAACAACAAGUCUUUCAUAAGAGAUAGGGCCCUGUUACCCCCAAAGACAAACACUUUAACGCUCGUCUCCAUUGUGGCUCCAUUAACCCAACAGUACAUUGCUGUAUUUGGUUUUCUGGAAGAGAAACCUCCUUUGACGCCAUCAACAAAUGUUUAACCAAUACAGGACACAGUACGUACCAAAGAAAUGAAAACUGACUUGGUGGAAAGAUUCUCUUCCUGUGCAUCACCAGAGGAGGAAAAAGAGAAGAAAAAACCUGCAUUAGCUUUGGCUUGAUGGUUUCAAAUAAGAAAUACAGUUGGAAACUGGAUAUUAGGACUUCUGGGAACCAGUUAUCGACACUGCCGUUGUUCCAAUGCAUGAACUCCUCGCUUGGGGCCUUUGCUUCAGUUUCUGCUCUGCCAAAUGAGGCUAUGACUUACCUCACAGAAGGGUGUGAAGCUAAUAAUGUUCCCAAAUGCUUUGAAGUCUUCCCAAAAAGAAGAUGCUAGAGAAAAGCAAAUAUAUAUUUUAUAUGUAUUGUCAUGGAAA